GCAACAAAUUCAUGUGACACAAUUCCAGAAAAAUCAAUCAUAAUUUAAUAACAAUCUUCUCUAUUGAUCACCUGAGAAAUUACCGUCUGUAUAAAAUAGCCAGAGAAAAAUUGUGCAUUUGAAUCACUCACAGGCACCACAGAGCGGCGAUUUUGUGAUAUUUUUCUACAUCUUUGUGAGAAAAUAGUAAACUCGUGAGAUCAAUUGGCGAUAAAAACGCCCACCGACUAGUCCAGGGACCUUUGAGAAUUACCAAAAACCUUCCUGUGUUUCAAAAUCAAGAAUCGAAGGUGGGGUGAGUGAUCAGCGGGCAGCAUUGUUGAAAACUUCACCUUGAAAAACUUGAAUUGUUCGGAGUGAAAGAACUAAUAGUACACAGUACGCUGAAAACGUUCUAAUUGCUCCACUAAAAGAACAAAAGAAUAAAAAAUAGAAAUAAAGAGGUGCUGAUGCUGAAUGUUUAUUGGCAUCCAGCGUGAGUUGGGGGGACGAAGAUUGUUAAUUUCCACAGAAGGCAAACAUUUGACUUUGGUCAAGUAGAAAUGUGAAGCUCGUCACGUUUACCGGUACUGUGCAACACGUUCCUUCUUGCGCUUUAAUCAACCGACCAGGGCUUGCAGAACAAUGUUCUUCACUCAACCAACCUCAAAUAAUUGAAAGACAUCACAUUGUUCAGGAUUCAACAAUAUUUCUGUCAAUUUCCUGAUUGAAAAAUCGACUUAACAACGAAACCUGUGCGCACUCUUGUUAUUCUUACUCGAGAUUGGCAUUGCAUAUUUUGGGAAAGUGACCAGCAAUUUUUACCGAUUUUUCAUCAUGCAUAUAACGUGCAAGUGUCUUAAUGUUUCAAUCAAAACGAGGGGCAGCCAGCUGGGGGAUUUCACUCAGGAGAUUCAUGAUUGUGAAAAGGCUCAUCCAUUCUUUCAACAAAAUUUGGCGACUGCAACGGAGCUCGAGGGCAUCAGCAAGGAGCAAUCAGGUCUCGUUGAAUGCAGAAAUGUUGGCUCUUGGAUUGUCAAUUGUUGCCUGAACUGCUCUAAAUAUACGCACGCCGUUCACAGAGAACACGGAGCUGCCUUGGUUGUCAUCAACACUGACCUGGUGAUGUCUCCCGAAGAGAUGGAAAAACUGAAAACUAGCCCAAACUAUAGUUCAAUAUUCAGAGUAGUAAUAGACCGUGGGCUUGAUGAUGGUGACCUCCUGGAAGCACCCACCAAAUAUUCCGUCUCUCAGUUGUCGAGCAAUUUACAAUUAGCACUGACGAAUCUUCAACAGCAAUUGGAGCAGGUUGUUCACAGAAAGGCAACGGAGACUGAGGAAAAAAUUCGCGACUUCACGGCUGAACAACACCAACUGUUGGAGCAAUUUCGGGAAGAAGCACAUUAUGAACAUCGACUUCUAGCUAGAAUAAUCUGUGAUCAACAUAAAGUCAAAGCAACGAGCAAUGUCAAGGCCGAUGCUGCAGUGACUGAAAAUCUUACACCAAACUUCAUUGCAUCGCCCUUGAAACUCAAUAAUUCUAAGACGCCUCAUAGGUCCGGAGUGAUGAGUGAAAAUCAGGCUGCUACGAAACAUCCAGCUCAUAUUCACUUGAAUGGAGACAGGAAACUACAUGUAAGUAGUUACGAUACAGAAGCACUAUUCCCACUGGAGGGAAUGGAUGACACAUCGUAUGUGGAGCCUUCACAUCCCUCAGAGGAUGAAUCAGAUACUGAUGGUCAAGAAGAAGGGAUUCACAUUCCGAGAGCACUCAGAGGUGGUCAUCCCACUCUGGCUAAAUCAUUACCAGUUAGUGUACCCAACUUCAUAGUUCGUCGAACUAUGCAAGACCAAGACGAUGAUCAGCUGCCAAAUCCGCAUAAUAUCCGGGCCUCCAUCAAAGCACUCGCAAAGAGCGUCCACGGUGAUACGGUCUUCGGUGAUCUGCCUCGCCCGAGAUUUUCAACUCAAAUCUGACUCAAAAAAUGUCAGUUUUUCUAUGACGAAAACACUCAUCAUUAUUGCGACACCAGUAAAAAAAAAUAUUAAAAUUUGUCAUUAAUAAUUGGAACAUUCAUCGAUAAACCCUGAACACAAGAGAAUGUUGUGAUUUAAUCGAGAGUGUAGACAGUAUUUAUAAUUCCUUGAAUUCCAGUUUUGGUAUUUGCUUAUUUUCCCUUCAUUGGUAAAUAAACAGAGAGGAGCAGAGGUA